UCCUCUGAACAAUGCUAUUUUCAUCUGCCUGAAGCAAGUCCAAAAACGUGAUAGUUCUUAGAAACUCCGUUCAACUAUUGUGGGGUGACUGGAGGUAGAUCAAGUGACGUGAUUGCUGAAAAAAAUGCCUUUGAACCGUGAAAACGCGAGACCGUUUGAGGAUAUACCAACUGUUCCUGGCUUGCCAUUUCUAGGAACAUUGCUUUGGUACAUUCCUUAUAUAGGAUCCUACAACCCAUGGAAGUUGCACCAUACAAAUGCGAAAAAACUAGACAACUACGGACCACUGAUCCGUGAAACUAUUAUGGGUCGUUCGUAUUUGCUCGUAUUCGACCCCACUGACAUCGCCCGAGUUUUCAAGAGUGAGUCGAAGUAUCCUUAUCGAGAGACGCUGUUUUCGCUUAAAGAGUAUCGUGCACGGAGACACUCGACAACCUGCGAUCCUAACGCAGGACUAAUUGUCACGCAGGGUCAGUCGUGGUUGAACUGCCGUUCAGCACUUAACGGUCCAUUGCUAAAAACAAACUUCGUAGCGCCGCAUGUCAACACGAUGAACGCCGUAGCCCUGGAAGCCACUCGUCUUUUGGGUCAAUUACCAGAAGAAUCCGACGUUUAUGAUACUAUGUAUCUCUGGGCCUUUGAGAAUGCCACACGUGUCCUUCUAGGCAAGCAGUUGGGAGCGCUUAGGUCGAAUCCGUCUGCCGAAUGUUGUGAUAUGAUUGGUGCCAUACGACGGGCUAGCCACGCCGUUGGUCAUCUCGAGUUCCCAUACCCGCCUUUAUGGAGAUGGGUAGCUACGCAUAACUGGAGUGAAUUCGAGCGCAAUGAAGAUCUUUUCAAAGACUUCAUUGUGGACGUUGUAGAGGAGCGUCUGUCUCGUUCUGAGCCGUCCUGUGCUCCAGGAGACUUGCUGUCCCAUAUCAUUAACGAGGGACACCUGAACUCGGCCGAGAUCAUUACCUGCCUCACCGAUCUUGUAUUUGCCGCCGUCGACACGACGGCCUUUGCUGCGAGCUUUGCAUUACACUUCCUUGCGCGCCAUCCUCGAGCCCAGGAGUUGGCUCGCGAGGAAGCUGAAUCAGCUGCAAAAUUGGACCUGGUGCGCUGUGAACGUCUCGCCUACUUGCGGGCUGUCAUCAAGGAAACCCUGCGACUCAGGCCGGUCGUUCCUGGAAUAUUUCGCAUUACGCCAAGAGACCUCGUUCUAAGCGGAUACCACGUUCCCGCUGGAACAAAGAUAUUCACCCAGAACCACGUUGCCUCAAUGCAAGAAAAACAUUUCCCGCGACCGUCGGAGUUCCUGCCUGAGAGGUGGUUAGACGCAUCGUCAACACCAGAAUACACUUCGUUGCCAUUUGGUUCCGGAGCACGUGCUUGCAUAGGGCGAAGAAUUGCGGAAACGGCCAUGAUUGUUCUACUUGCUAGGGUUUUGCAACGGUUCGUAGUGGAAGCGGAUGAUGAGGAUAUUGACAUAACUACUAGUGUUGUUAGCUCACCGGAGAAACCUAUUCGACUGCGUUUUUCAGCUCCGUAACUUGUGAAAAUUUUGCUUCGCAGCAAAGCUCGGUCUGACGCCGUUACAAUCUUGCGACAGCUUUUACAUGUACUCUUUGACUGCGUCGGCUCAUCUGAUAAAAUUAGAAGCAAGCUUCACCCUUGGCGUCAGCUUGAGUCUAGCUCGAAGUUACCUGCAGACGAUGCUAGGGAACUCGUUCACAACAAAAUAGGGCUGCUGCAUCGCUUGCGCACCUUUCUUAGGCUUUCCUAGACCUGUUCUCGCAUUCUUCCACUCUGUGAAGCAAUCGUCGGGCGUCUUCGAGAGACUCAGGGUUGCA